AAAUGCUGUCGCCUAACCUUCGCAUCGGAUAUUGCUCGGCAUUGUUUGUUUCCCAGCUGCUUUCUGACUGGGGUAUUUAAACAACGAGAAUGUUGGGAAACCUCGACACGGGGAUAUCCAUUAAGAGCUCUUCACUCAACACACGCAGAUCGAUAAUGUCUCAGCUUAGUAACUCCUUCGGCAUCCUGUUCCUAACGAUCCAGUUGACGGACUUCGUCCUGCCAGCUCCUAUUGGAAAUAUACCUGCUGAUACAUCUGAUGGCCUGGUGACUUUUAGGAUGAGUUUAAACCGAGAAUUCGAUCAGUUGCUGCCCGAACUUGAGCUGAAGUUGCUGCAGGCACAGCAGCAGGAAGAUAAUUUGGAAGUGGUGCGCAUGCAAUUGCUGCAGAUGAACUUACUUAAGUUGUUAAUCGGCUUGGAUUGCUUCAUCUUGCUGUGCCUUUGGUACUACGCCAGAGAAGAAAAGUAUCACUCAGUGCAAAAAGUCUGACAACACAUUCUG